AUGACGCACGAACAGCCGCUCAACGGCGGCAGCGGCGGCAGCAGGCCGCACCUGUCGUCGCCGCGCAGUCACCACAACAGACGGCUCUCGCCACAGGCUGUCGCGUUGCUGGGACUUGUGCUGGCAGGCAGCGUGUGGGCGCUGCAUCGCAACCGGUCAGAUGUAGCGGCGGGGGCAGCGGCAGCAGACGCGUCUGGAGCGGAGCGGCAAUACAACCUGCAGCGAGUGGAUGAGCCGCCGCGCACGCUCAGGGCGCUGCCACGCAGCUCCCACAAGGCAAGCCUGUUGCGCAAUGUCGACUGUACCUGUGCCUGUCCACCAGAUCUGCCUCUUAAGCAUAUGUUGCAGUGCACGUCUGGCGAGGACCCCAACCACCGCGUGUGCGAGUUCUCCAGCCUCAUCCUGCACCGCUGCGCCGCCUACUACCUGACCGACGACCAGGAGCUGCAGCUGCCCACCGUGGAUGUGACCUACCAUCCAGCUGCAGACGAAAAGUACGCCCCCACGCUGCUGCACCGCAGCGCGGCGGGCUUCCUUCUCGAGGGCGAGAACGAGUGGUUCAGUGUGCCGCUGUCCUGGCUGUGGAAGGUGACCAAGCGGUGGGACAACCUGGCUCACCACUUUGGAGAGGAUGCGGUGACCCUGCACAACACGCUUUGCCGGCACCUGGGGGAGUGCAGCUACCCGCCGCGACGAGAGGUGCAGCUGUUCCUGCUGCACUCGCGGGAGCGUGGCGCCCUGCUGGCGCCAGUCAACGCCACGCUGGCGCGCUGCGUCACCGGCUGGCCGCCCGUCUACCGUGACGACGCGCGGCUGGAGCGCAAGACGGUGGUUUUAGACAAGGCCUGGUCGGGGAUAGGGCCAGACUGCCACGCGCAGCGCGGCUGCUCCAGUGAAACCGAGUAUGGUGCGGAGCGGCAGGACAAGCGUGCGGGCAUGCCGCCGGAUGCGCUGCAGGUGUGGCGGGAGCGGCUGGGCGCGUGUUACGGCCUUGAUGUUCACACGCCUGCCCCCGUGCAAAACAAAACUGUCCUGAUUCUGGACAGGCCGUAUGAGGCAGGCCGCCACAUGCUCAACGUGCGCAGCGUGGAGAAGUUUGUGCGGCAGCGCUUCCCCGGGGACGAUGUGCGGCUGCAGUACUUUGAGGACGUCCCCUUCCCCGACCAGCUGCGCAUCAUGGGCAGCGUCAGCAUCCUGGUCAUGGUGCACGGCUCGGCCAUCGCGCUGUGGCCCUUCCUGCCCCCCAAGGCGGUGGCCAUCCACAUCUCGCCAGACGUGGAGAGCACCGACUCGCUGCAGCGCGUGUGGGCGGAGGCAUUUGUGCGCGACUGGGGCUUCACGGGGCUCAGCUUUGUGCCACUGAACAACUCCGACCCCAGCCGCCAGCACAUGCGGUGGGAGGUGAUCUCGAAGCAGGAGGACUACCAGCGCCUGAGCGACGCGGACAAGGUGGCGCUGCUGGACAGGGGCGAGUGCCCGGAGCAGCUCAGCAAGACGUGCAGCUUCCACUGGAAGCGGCAAGAGCUGAGCCUGGUGCUGGACCUGUCGCACCUGGGCUGGGCGCUGGAUACCGCAGAGGCAGACCUGCUGCGGAAGGCAGGCAAGGCCAGUUCUGCGGGGAGAGGAUAGCACGCUCAUGGAGGAGAAUUGCCCUCUGGGGUUGCAGGAUUGCCUUGGCUCGGCUCACUGCUCCAUGACCGAAGCGAAACCCCACUCACCCAUACUUUUGUGCUCUGGAUCUGCUUGCCAGCUCUUCUACCGUUCUCAGCGCCCACGUCAAGAACGCCGUUUAUGUGCACACUUGAUAACUUUCCAAUCAAACCUGUCCGGAUUUAACCUGGCUGCACCCAUCUACUGUGUUAACCCCUCUUCACACACCUUGUUGUUCCGCAUGCCAAUCGAUUCACCCAUUUCCUGUUUUCAUGUACACCUGUUUAACAUCAACUUUACACGUCUUUUGGUCGUGUCCAUGAAAUGUGCUCCCAGGCAACACACAAGAACUUGAUGA